AUGUGGCUCAAGAUCUGCCCUCUAAGCUUUAAAAACCACGGGCUGUUGGAGAUGGACAGAGGCAUGUCAGCGUCUCUGUGGUGCGAGGAGGUUGAGGAGGACCAGAGUCAGGACCAGAGUCAGGACCAGACUGAGGCCCGGGGCCACACGGCAGGCUCUCCGUCUCAGCUGAGAGCCGCCUGGGACCCCACCGUGUCCGGGCACCGUGUGAUCCAGAGGCUGCUCCACGUGGAGGAGAGGUACAUGCCCUCCGUGCUCUACAUCACCCUCAUCCAGCGGGAGCCAGAGCACAGGGAGGAGCUCGCCAAAUGGGCCCUGGAGGUGUGCUGUGAUUGCGGCUGCGACGAGGCCGUGUUCCCCCUCUCCGUCUCCCUGAUGGACAGGUUCCUGUCGGCCACGCUGUCUCUGCCCAUCUCACCGUACUGCCUUGCCGCCAGCUGCAUCCUCAUCGCCUCCAAACUCUCAGAGUGCGACACCAUCACCGCUGACACUCUCUGUGCUGCAGCCGAGUACAGCUUCCAGCCCUCCAACCUGCGGGACAUGGAGCGUGUCAUCCUCGGCACCCUCCGAUGGGACACCGCAGCAGUGACUCCGCAGGACUUCCUCCCACAUUUUCUCGCCUCCGUGGAGGACAGAGGAGAUGGAGACAGCGAAGACUCUGUGGAGGUGCUGCUCUCGACCCUGCGGCGGCACAGCGACACCUUGGCCGCCAUGUGUGCCUGUGAUUCCCAAUUUCUGGGAGCACCGCCAUCACUUGUUGCUGCGGCAUCACUGAACUGUGCCCUGAGGGGUCUGGGCAACAAGGGCCCCGGUCAACUGGCUGUGAUUUGUGAAGCUCUGGCGGAGCUCUGUCAGGCUGACCUGGCAGUGCUGCAGUGCUACAGUGACAUGAUCGAAUAUGGCCUCCGACAGCGGCUGAGGAGUGGCCUGCAGCAGGGCCCCAUGGAGAAGGAAGAGGAGGUGGAGAGCGAAAGACCCGGGACACCUACAGACAUGAGAGAGAUUGAUUUCUAA